AUGUGUGGAAGAGCAUUAGGCGGCCAUAUGAGAGCUCAUGGUAUUGGGGACGAUACGGGGAAUCUUGACGAUGACGAUCCGCCCAGCGAUUGGGAAGAUAAGCAAGGAAACAAGAGAAUGUAUGCAUUAAGAACAAACCCAAAUCGUUUAAAAAGUUGUCGGGUUUGUGAAAAUUGCGGGAAAGAAUUCUUGUCAUGGAAAUCGUUUCUUGAGCAUCGGAAAUGCAGCUCCGAUGAUGGUGAGUCUCUAGUAUCGUCGCCGGAGUCGGAGGCUGACGAUGACGAUGGAUAUGAUGAUCAUAACGGUGGCCGGAAAGAUUGUGGUGGUGGAGCAAGUGGGUGGUCGAAAAGAAAACGAUCUUUAAGGGCUAAAGUUGGCAGCUUUAAUUCAAUGUGUCCAUCUAGCGAAGACGAAGACCUAGCCCUAGCUAAAUGUCUGAUGGAGUUAUCCAAUGCUAGGGUCGAUCCGGUGGAAACCGACGCGGAAGACUCAUGCGCCUCCCCGACUAGGGAGGAGCAACGGCGGAACCCUACGUUUACUACGGCCGCGUUUCUGUCACCUUUUACAAGACCACCACCACCUAUAGAUAAAGCAAAAGGUGUAGCCACCACCCCUAAAGGCAUGUUUGAAUGUAAAGCAUGUAAAAAAGUGUUUAAUUCUCAUCAAGCAUUGGGUGGUCACAGGGCAAGUCACAAGAAGGUAAAAGGAUGUUUUGCAGCAAGAAACGAUCAGUUUGAUGACACCACUGUUGAUGAUGACGUCAUCACGCACGACCAACUGUUUCCUUCACCAAAGCCAAUCUCGAGCUACCAAAUCAAUCAAGGUCCAAGCGCAGCGACUCCUGUCCCAGCACCGUUGGUCGGAGCCGCAAGAAGGAAAUCCAAAGUACACAAAUGCUCGAUUUGUAAUCGGAUUUUUGCCUCCGGUCAGGCGCUAGGCGGACACAAGAGGUGUCAUUGGCUUACAUCUAACAUGUCUGAUACGACUUCUUUAGCAAAGUUUAACUUCCAUGAACAUAUUGAGCAACUCCAUCGAAGAGCAUUGGCAUUACCUUCACAAAUACUUAACAAAUCCAAAGCCCUCGAUCUCAACCUCCCAGCUCCGGCGGAUGACAUUGCCGGAUUAAGAAGAGAUCGGCUGAGAUUAGAAGUUUCUACAGAGAUCAAUCUACAUUCAUGGAACGUAGAUCAUGAGAAUGUUACAGAUGGAGAUGGAAAAGAUCAAAACAGAACCGGUGAUCAACAAGAUGAUCAAAAAAACACAAGCAACCUUGAAAAAGAAGCAACAACGACAAUGGAGGAUGAUGAAGCCGAUAGUAAGGUGAAGUUGGCUAAACUCAGUGAGUUGAAAGACAUGAGUAACGUCAGUGGGAGUUCAUCUUCAUGGUUGCAGGUUGGGAUUGGUUCCACAAGUGAUGUUGGUCCUACUCAUGAUCCAUAA